CUUCAACUGUUGUUGACACUGUGUUUGGCUUUUAGUCCAUGUGCGUUCCAUGUAUGUAUUUGUGGGGUCUAAUUUUAGAUUGCACUUUCUAAGGUGCUUAACAUUUAUAGUAUCUACUUAAGUGAUAAUCCAGUUCACUGAUGCCUUUCACACUUGGUUUGUGUAGGGUGUAUGAGGUAAAUAAACACAAGGGGGGUUUUUUAUUGGAAAAAUUAUAACAGAGAAGCUUUUCAGAAAGUCUUUCAGGAUGUAUUUUAAAUUUAAUGUCUCACUAAUUCCAAGACAAAAUCACAAUAUGUUUCUUGGGGAACUGUUUUAUAUCAUGCAGAGACACUGACCUGGAUAUAAUCUUGAUCUAAUUUUUUUUUUUUUCCACGAUUGCAUUGUAGAAUAGUGUGCGCUACAUGCAAUAUCCAAAGAAUUUAGAACAUUCUGAACAGAUCUGGAGCAAGAUGCUUCCAGAGAGCUUUGAGAAUCCCCUCCCUCCUCUUUCAAGUCCCCACCUUUCUCCUAAACAGAUUACUCGGGAGUUAAAGGAGCCUGCAUUCGGUCGCUGUGUCGUCUCUAUGAGGCUUAGAGCCACAGAGGAAACAGAUGGGAUAAGAAAACCAGGGGAUAUAAUUACAGAGGCUUAAUCAGCAAUCCAAGGCCUGUCCAGAACCCAGUCACACAGCCUCAAGCUUCUGCACCUCACAGUUUCUCUUUCAGAGGUAUUCGUCUCAGGGACUGGAGACAACUACAGCUGUUUAACAUGGAGAACGAGGAAGAGGAAGAUGAAAUCUUUACAGCGUUGCAGGGAGGAUAUGAAGGGCAGGAAGAUGUGGAGGAGCAGGAGGAAGAAGAAGAACAAGAGGAGCCAGAGGCUGAGAGGAAGAGCAGUUGGGAUGUCCCAAUUCCAAGUCGAUCACUGGCCAGUCGCAGAGCUUCACUUCCAUGCCCGGCUCAGCUGAAUGCAAUGCAUUUGAGUCGCCUGCAAUCUGCCAGCAUGGCCCCAAGCCCAGCUCACCUGAGCCACUGGCUUCAACGCGGUGAGGCGAGGCCGUGCUCUCGCUCCAGCCAUGUUGGCAAUAAAGAGGAGGGAACGCACACCAAGGGCAGCACAUGUGAAAGACGGCCACAUCCCAUCCCUACCAUCCCUGAGGUGCACGAGACUCUGGAGAAAAAAGCCAAAUUUAGGAGCCGCAAUGUCAUGUCUCUGAGUGAUGCGGACAGUUUGUGUAUGAUCUGUCAUGACGACCUACGCAAAGGAGGAGGAGGAAUCAGAGAGCUUCACUGUUCCCACAGCUUCCACAGUGAGUGCAUAGAGGAGUGGCUGUGGACCAAGCAGACCUGUCCCACAUGUCAAAAGCAUGUUGCCAUGCCAGAGCCCCUGUACUGGACAUCUACCAGAGUAAUAGUGCCCUGAGCUCUUCCAGCACCCAUUCAAACUACCUUGGACA